AUGAAUCCGACGGCGACUGAUUCCCGACCGGUCGACAGGGAGAUCGUAGGAAAAUCUUCUACUGCCUCUGGACAAACACUCGCCGUAACGUCAUCGCCCGAGGAUCCACAGUACAAAAUGAAUCAUAAAUACCGUGGUUAUGCCAUCAUCAUAAAUAAUGAGCGUUUCGCCGACAUGCCGGCCCGCCACGGCAGCGAAAAGGAUCGGGACGUGAUUGCUGACGCCCUGAAAAGCCUACGAUUCAAAGUUCGCGUCUUCGACGACCCCGACAAGAAAAAGUUGUUCAAAGUGCUGAAAAAGUAUGCCGAAAAAGACCACACUGAUAACGAUUGCGUCGUGCUGGUUGUUAUGACUCACGGUGAAGACGGGACACUGUAUGCUGCCGACGGCACCUACGAAGUGGAGCAGCUCUGGAACCCGUUUGCCGGGAGCGCUUGUCCGACUCUGGUCGGAAAACCGAAGCUGGUUUUCUUACAAAUGGCCCGAAAUAAGCCAGUGGUUGCUGCGGGGCAAGAGCGGCGCCUUUCCGAUGCCGUAGAUUCCCGGGAAAAGUCCGCCAUUCAACAAUACUCCUUGCCGGUGAUGGCCGAUCAGCUGGUGGUGUUCUCAACACACGACUCACUAUGCUCCUCGCUCUGCCCCCUCGAAGGGUCCACGUUCGUUCACUCGCUGGCCAGCACCCUGAAAAAGUACGGGCAAACUGUGGAUCUACUUACUCUGCUGGCCACGGUGUCUGCGGCAGUGGCUAACUACCCAUCCGAUCCCGAUCAGAAGAAAUCGGUGCCGUACACUAUGUCGACGCUCACAAAAUGUGUCUACUUUCGGAACCAAAAGGCGGAGUCUUCGGCCCCGGAACCCUGGGACCUCAAAACGCUGUCGCCCCCGAAGUACGAUAUGAAUCGGGGUGGCCUUGUAAUUAUCCUGAACCAGAUGAAGUUCGACGAUGCGGAAUUAUAUCGCGAAGGAAGUGACAAAGAUCGAGACGCUAUUGAAAAGAGUUUCUUUGAGCUGGGAUUCCGAGUGCGCCCUCACGAUAAUCCCUCCCAGGACAAGGUGUUCGAAAUCCUGAAAGGCGUGUCCGAGGAGAAUCACACCGAUAACGAUUGCCUGGUGGUGGUUGUGCUGACCCACGGUGAGAAAGGCACACUGAUGGCGGCCGAUACGCAGGCUCCUCACCGUCCUCCGUACAGAGUGGCACGUUUGUGGGAACGGUUCGUGGACAGUGCUUGCCCGACGCUCCGAGGGAAGCCGAAAAUAUUCCUCAUUCAAGCUUGCCGCGGCACGCAAACGGACCCGGGCGUCUUGGUUGAGGCACCCGUUACACGAUCGGUGGAAGAAAAGAACGAAGUUUACGCCACUUCGACGGCGCCCGACCUCCUGAUAGCAUACUCAACGUUCGAAGGACACUACUCGUAUCGUAGCGGCGAAGAUGGGUCCUGGUUCAUUCAGUCCCUGGUGAAGACGCUGCGCGAACAUGGAUCGGGAAAGGAUCUGUCAAACCUGCUCACCUGCGUGGCGCGCGAUGUGGCCACCAGCAACACCUCGUACAUGCCGGGCGAUCCGGCCAAGCACAAUAAGAAACAGAUGCCCGUCACCGUGUCCACGCUCACCAAAGCCGUCUACUUCUGUCCCGAUGCGCGCUCGUAA